UGUCCGAUCAGGAUUUAAUGGUGGAUGUUGGAGGCAAGUCACCGUGAGACUUGAUAACUUCAAGUCACUGAAGCUGCGUCCGUAAUUUGCUGGCUCAAAUCUCUCUCAAUGAGGGGACGGCGAAUCAGGAGUGUAACAUCAGCAAGAAGCCUGAUCAACACAUGGAGGAACAGGGUCAGCAGGGUGAACAUGAGAAGAGGCUUGUCAGAUUUGAGGACCCAAAUCUUCAGAUAGAAGAGGAAGAAGAUGCAUCUCAGAAAAGAAGCUCUCCUAACCGUUACCUGCGCUCUUCCCAACAGCUUGAAGAGUUGGAUUUGACUGCCAUAAUGCAAAGUCUGCAAAUAUCUAUACCAGAGGAAGUAGCUAUUGCUUAUCAUGAGGAAGAAAUCAGGAGGCCAGAGCAAAACUCGCCCUAUCAGUUGCUCAUGAAAGUUGCAUGCUCAAGUGGAACUCCCAGGAACAUCCCAUUGCAGCCGUUAAAUGAAGCUAUGUCCAGGGCAUGGGGAAAGAACUAUUGGUCCAUUGAUCAAGUUGAACAUGCAGUCUACAGAGCUUAUUUUCGAGAUGAGGAUGCAAUGGACUUUGUUAUACAGAGACAACCAUGGUCUAUUGAUGGAGAUAAUUUGCUGCUGGAAUGGGUUAAUCCAAGAAAUCCCGGUAAAACUAUGGAUGAAUACAGUUUCCGUUUCGUUUAUGUUCCAAUCAGAGUUUAUGGAGUUCCAGAGAGGUACAGAGUUCCUCACAUGAUGAGAUAUGUAAUAGAAAAGGUUGCCCAACUUUCUGAUAUUCACCCUCCUCCAGAAAUGAGAAUGACACUAAAGCAAGAGUAUGUCCAAGCUUAUGCAAAAAUGGAUACCAAAAUCCCAGUAAAGGAUAAAAUCAAGUAUUAUAUUGGGCCGAACGAGUACAUCUUAUUUUAUCUGAACUAUGACAAGAUAAAAAGGAUUUGUACGUUCUGUGGCUUGAUGUUUCAUACAGUUCAGUAUUGCCCAAAUAGGAGAAAACUCAUUUAGCAUUUGGUUAGCAUCGGAGCCAACACAGCCACUGUAACCUUUCUCGUAUGUGGGUAUCUGGACAUCCCAAGCUACACAAAUCCCUCAAGUUGCGCUAGACCAAUCAAAAAUUAUUGGAGGGCUUUCGUCGGAGUUUAGAAGACAUAUGCAAAUUGAUAGAUCAGUUCAAUCAGCUCCAAUGCCUCUAUCAAGAUUUACUCUCACAGACAACAACUCGGGUCUGAAGAAUACAAAAGAGAAGGAAAGCCAGAGACCAGAGGGUCCAAAUGAGAAUAAAUCUAAGCCUUUGGCUCUUUCAUCCACACCCACCCAAGGUCCCACACAAAAAACUAGCCUUCUUGGGCACCCUCCUAUCGAUGACUCAUAUCCUUCUGGGAAAUUACCUCUAUCUGCUCGACAACCUUAUCCUUCGACACAAGCCACUUGUAAAAGGCAGCAAGCUUCAGGAUCCACGGUCUCUCUAAACAGAUUAAAGCGUCAAGCCACUGCUGAACCAAUUCAAGAGGAAGAACCAGAGUAUUUUAAUGGAGAGAGCCAUGCCAGAUCCAAGUCCAUGCCACCCUCCUCGCCACAGUACUCAGGCACAGCAUCCUCUCGUCACCAUUCUGUAGAUGCUCCUUCCACUUAUAGACCUCCGCAUGUAAGGUAUGGAUAUGAAACAACCAGCACCGUACAAGGUGGGGUUUAUUUUCGACCUUCUCCAAAUGCUUUUCAGAACGACAAUCCCCCAACUACCUUUGCACCAGGAAGAAGUUCUCCACCCUCAGGAGACAGAAAGAGGUUCCGUCCGCGGAGUCGCAGCCGCUGGGAUGACAAUGGAAAUACCUCUAAUCCAUCAAACACUCAUAAUACCCUUCAAAGCAACAUUACAGAAGCAGUACAACAGGCGCAACAAAUAGCUUCUCACCUUAUGAAUAGAAACAUCUGUGGCACUACCAAGACACAUCAUGAGAUUACUAACAACCCUGCCCUAGCUCACCAGCUCAGCUUCACAAUAUGCAUGACCCGGAUGAGUACAAGAAGUGGUUGGAGCAUGCAGCAGCAGCAACAGUAGGGGCACAUUCUCAAGAUGAUCAUCAUUGGGGCAUGCCUCCCGCUCACUUGGCUCGCGAGACGGAUAUAGGUUUGGACUCUCAUGACAAUAUUAUUACAAACGAGCAUGCUUUUGCAGUCACCACUGAAGUACAGGGGAUGGACCAUAUUGGAGCACAAGCCAUGGAGGGGAUCGACGAAAAUACUGAGUUGUAUGAAGAACAGGCAGCGGCGCCAGCCUAUAAGGCGCCUCGGGCGCAAUGAGUCUCAUAUCUUGGAACUGUCAGGGUGCAGGCAAGAGCCUUGACAGUAACAAGAUGAAUUACCUUGCCAACCUGGUCACUUCAACUCAUGCUAAGCUUUGUAGUUCCUUCUGAUGGUCGCAAGGGCGGGCUCUGGCUUUUAUGGGACAACGACAUCGAUCUUUCUGUAGUUAGCUCCAGUAGUAAUCUUAUCAUCGCCUCUCUUGUUAAUACCUCCACUAAUGAGGUCUUUAAUCUAGUUUGUAUGUAUGGUGAUCCCUCGCAUGUUAGCUCGCAGGACUUGUGGAAGGAAGUUGUCUCUUUUGUUGAUGUAAAUAGUGGGAAACCUACUCUCUGUAUGGGUGACUUCAAUGAUCUUAUGUAUCCGCAUGAGAAAAGUAAUGUAAAUUA